GUCCCCAAGGGUAGUGCCUUUGUGUGGGAAAGGGGUGGGGAUGCGGCGGCUUUCUCGCGGAGGUUUAUUAUUAUUGGGCGGGUGGAGGGUGGGGGGGAGCGCACCGAGCAGACAAAAUGCGGAGCCCCCCGCUCCGCGCCCGGCAAGCGUGUGUGCGCGUUCGGGAGGCGGGCGGCUCGGCGGGGGCAGAGAAGGACAGGGGACGGGCGAGAGCGGAGAGGAGCCGGCUGCAGCGCGAGCAUGCUCUCCAUGCAACAGUUCCCUGCCCUGCCCGCGGAAGAGGAGCGCUACCGGCAGGUCCUCUCCGCCAGCAGGGUCUUAGGAACAGAUGAGGAUAAUAUGGGGGAUGGCUGCUCUCAAAAACUGGCUUCUGCCAAGUUCCUUCGACUUUUGCUCCUCAUACUGAUUCCAUGCAUCUGUGCCCUUAUCCUUUUGCUGGUUAUUCUUCUUACCUUUGUAGGGGUAUUAGAAAAAACAUGCUUUUAUUCAAAUGGGAGUGAGGUCCUCACAGUUAAUAGUGACACUGAAACUUCUAGCAUUCUUUUGCCAAACAUGGUUGAAAACAGUUCCAAAACUGAUUCCACAGUGGAUAUCAGCACAUGGACCCCCUCCGGGACCACCACACCUUUAUCCCAAGUUGGCCAAAUGAACACGAACUCAAAUAUGUUUAGAGAGACUUUACAGGAAAAUGCAUUUGUACCUACAUCUCCAGCAUCAGUGCUCAAUCCUGAUCUUACAAAUGAUGCUGCUUUAGCAGAGGGCCCCAAAUUCAGCACCCAGCUUUUUGCCUCUACAGAUUCAUCCUUUAACAUCGUAGAGAGGAUGACCACUCUGCCUGUAUUAAGUCCUACUCAUCCAUCUGUGUCACAGAAAAAGGAGCAGAAAGAAAGUGCCUGCAUAAAUAUCACCAACAGCCAGUGCCAAAUGCUGCCAUAUAACUACACCACUCCAACUUCAGUUUUUUCCAUUGUCAAAAGUAUUGAGAUGGAAAAGUUCCUGAAGUUCUUCAGUUAUCUCAGUCGUCUCAGCUGCUAUCAACACAUCAUGCUGUUUGGCUGUAGUCUUGCUCUUCCUGAAUGCAUCAGUGACGGUGAUGACAGUCGAGGCCUCUUGCCAUGCAGGACAUUUUGUGAGGCAGCAAAAGAAGGGUGCGAACCAGUCCUAGGGAUGGUAAAUGCUUCUUGGCCAGAAUUCCUCAAGUGCUCUCAAUUCCACAACCAAUCUGAAAAUGACACAACUGCAAGGGAAUGCUUCUCACCACACCAAGAAAAAGGAAAGCAAUCACUAUGUGGAGGAGAGCAGAGUUUCUUGUGUGACAGUGGAAUCUGCAUUCCAGGGAAACUGCAGUGUAAUGGCUACAAUGACUGUGAUGACUGGAGUGAUGAGGUCCAUUGCAAUUGCAGUGAUGAUUUAUUCCAUUGUAACACAGGAAAAUGCCUCAAUUAUACCUUUGUUUGUGAUGGAUAUGAUGACUGUGGAGACCUUAGUGAUGAACAGAACUGUGAUUGCAAUCCAAUGACUGACCAUCAGUGUGGAGAUGGAAGAUGUAUAACAGCUGACUGGGUAUGUGAUGGUGACCAUGACUGUAUAGACAAAUCAGAUGAAAUCAAUUGCUCUUGUCAUAGUCAGGGUCUGGUAGAGUGCAAAAAUGGACAGUGCAUUCCUAGUGCAUUCAAGUGUGAUGGAGAUAAUGACUGUAAAGAUGGAAGUGAUGAAGAAAACUGCAGUGAAAGUCAAACCCUCUGUCGGGAGGGAGACCAGAGAUGUAUUUCCUGUCCUGAUCCAUGUGGAACUUCUCUCUGUGAGACGAGAAAUGGCCAGACAAACUGCAGUCAUUGUGAACCAAUUACUCUGGAACUUUGUAUGAACUUGCCUUACAACUACACUAGUUACCCUAACUACCUGGGGCACAGGACUCAGAGGGAAGCUUCUGUCAGCUGGGAGUCUUCUCUCUUCCCAGCCUUGGUUCAGACCAACUGCUACAAGUACCUUAUGUUUUUCGCCUGUACUAUCUUAGUACCAAAAUGUGACCCCCAUACAAAUCAACGGAUCCCACCUUGCAGGACAUUAUGUGUACAGUCUAAGGAACGCUGUGAGUCUGUGCUUGGGAUUGUAGGUCUGCAGUGGCCGGAGGAUACCGACUGCACUCAGUUUCCAGAUGAGAACUCAGAAAAUCAAACUUGUCUGACACCAGAUGAAGAUGUAGAAGAGUGCUCACCCAGUCACUUCAAAUGCCGUUCAGGGAGGUGUGUCCUGGCAUCCAGGAGAUGUGAUGGUCAAGCUGACUGUGAGGAUGACAGUGAUGAAGACAGCUGUGGCUGUAGAGAAAGGGGUCUUUGGGAGUGUCCUUUGAAGAAGCUCUGCAUCAAACACACAAUGAUCUGUGAUGGUUUCCCAGAUUGCCCUGACAUGAUGGAUGAAAAGAACUGCUCAUUUUGUGGGAAGGAUGAGCUUGAGUGUGUGAACCAUGAAUGUGUGCAACGUGAGCUUUGGUGUGAUGGACAAGCAGAUUGCAGUGACAGCUCAGAUGAGUGGGACUGUGUUACCCUGUCUAAAAACAUGAAUUCCUUGAUGUUUCUGACCGUUCACAGGUCAGCUGUUGAUAAUCAUGUUUGUGCUGAUGAGUGGCAAGAAAAUUUGAGCCAACUGGCCUGCAGUCAAAUGGGUUUAGGUGUAUCCACCGAGGAGAAUCCUGUGAUACAGCUCCAACAGGGAGGACCAUUUAAAACAGAGAUUGUAUUAGUAGAUGGAGAAAUGCAGCAUCAAAAGUGGCUGAAUCUGCACUCAGAUUGGAAGAGUAAGAACGUGUCCACCUUACAUGCACUUCUAGUGAAUGGGCAGAUGUGCCGAAGCAGAAGCAAAGUGGCUCUCCUUUGCACUAAAGAAGAUUGUGGCCAUCGCCCUGCUGCUCGCAUGAACAAAAGGAUCCUCGGUGGCAGGACCAGUCGCCCAGGCCGAUGGCCAUGGCAGUGCUCUCUGCAGAGUGAGCCAAGUGGACACAUAUGUGGCUGUGUUUUGAUUGCAAAGAGAUGGGUCUUAACAGUAGCACACUGCUUUGAAGGGAGAGAAAAUGCAGCUGUCUGGAAAGUAGUGUUUGGGAUAAGCAAUCUUGAUCAUCCAUCAAGCUUCAUGCAGACCCGACUGGUGAAGUCUAUCAUCUUGCAUCCACGCUAUAACAGAGCAGUCGUAGACUACGAUAUCAGCAUUGUACAACUUGAUGAAGAUAUCAAUGAAACGAGCUAUGUAAGACCUGUCUGCUUGCCCAGCAAGGAACAGUUGGUGCAGCCAGAUACCUACUGCUACAUCACAGGCUGGGGACACAUGGGCAACAAAAUGCCUUUUAAGCUUCAAGAAGGAGAAGUGCGCAUCAUUUCCUUAGAACAAUGCCAGUCGUACUUUGACAUGAAGACUAUUACAAGCAGGAUGCUGUGCGCAGGCUAUGAGUCUGGCACUGUGGACUCUUGCAUGGGUGACAGUGGAGGACCACUUGUGUGUGAGCAACCUGCGGGACGCUGGACUUUGUUUGGUUUAACAUCUUGGGGCUCCGUCUGCUUUUCCAAGGUUUUGGGACCAGGAGUUUACAGCAAUGUGUCACAUUUUAUUGAGUGGAUUGAAAAACAAAUAUACAUCCACACCUUUCUGAUGAACUAACUCCAGAUGGUAAGAACUGUGCUGACAAACAACAGGAAAAUGGAAUCGAACUUCCACACUGAAGAUUUUGCAGUCCAGAAAUUCUGUGAAAAGGAGUUCCAAGCUCUUUCUAUUCUUGUUGUGGAGCUAUGGGAUAUGCAGUCUAUGCUCAUAGUCGGCCCUCUGCUGGUCAACACACUUUGGGGUAGAAUUAAUAAUCCAUUUUUUUUCUUUUAACUCUUGUGGUGCUAUUCCAAGCACAGCAAAAUGCUUAAAAGAAAAGAAACUGUCACUUUCUUCCUUUCAGAUAUUCAAACUAAGCAGUAGCACAGACUAGAAAAACUUUUUAAAUGACCUGCUUUAAUACUAUUCAAUUAGUAACACGUGUCUUCACUCACUGUCAUGAGGUGCAAACUCAGUGCAUUCAGAUGAUGCUGGCAGGGCACAAAUUCACCAGCGCCAUGCCAAAGGCCACAGGUGUGGAAGACGUGGCAGGGCUUGUGCAUGCUUAGCACAAGGCAUGGUGGUACAAGUGCAGGUCCGAAGAGGCUGGGUAAACACCAUCUGUCCCUCAGGGUGGCCAACACAGGUAGGGCACUGCAGUGUACUGACUCGGUUUUCAGAGCCAGCUUGCGUACCUCUUCAGGGUGCUGUGUGGUACCAGUAGGCCAACAGACUCAUAAUACUACUUGAGGCACCCGAGACCAAAGUUUUGUUUAUCAGCCUCUUUGGAUUGUUUUUCCCAAGUUUCUACCACUUAAGUUUUCUAAAGCCUCUGUGUCUCACUGCAUCCAGGAACGCCCAUCUCUUGACAGCACUACACAGAAUAGCGCAUUUAUCAAAACUGUGCCUCACUAGCUUCUCUUCCCCACUUUUUUUUUGGUGUUUAGUCUAUCAAGCAUGCACUGACAUCUUCUAGCCCUCUGGAAACACAGUGUUGGCAGUGCCGCUGCAAAAGCUUUUGCCUCAAGAGUAAGCUAGUUGGAGCAUCCGGGGAGAUGUGGAAAAUGCAGAUUUAAAGUACAAAAGAUGCAGUGUGAGCAAAUAUGAGAAAUAAUACUGAGAAACUGAGUAUUUUUAGCUAGGCCUCUUGUAGUAUUUUGUACUGAGUUUAAUUUUGCUUAGUUAGAUUAAACAAUUUGAGAGAGAGAAAAAGGCGAUGAGAAAUCUAUAUGGCAGAAGAUUUGAGCAGAAGGUGGAAUCCAAAUGUGUAUUAGAAAUAUUAAGCAAAAUACAACAGCUUCAUCAGCAAAAGCUCAAAGGAGCCCUGCUGAAGUGCUUGGUGGCAAAGUGCUCUGUGCAGUGAUAAGAAGCUAAGCCUUGACUCUAAGAGUCUGGCUGAAAAAAACCCACAAUACUUUACAAUGGAGCUUGGCACCUUCCUAGUGCAGGAUGGAAGUGUUUCUUACCAGCUGCUGUAGGUGGUGAUAUGUGCAGCUCACAGCUUUUCAGGAAGCCAGUAGGAGGAAUCAGGAAGUUGAGAACUACGGGAUGAAUUUCACUGGGGAGCAAUGCAUAGGUGUUUCAGCCUCAGGCAUACAGUUAUCCUCGCUGCUACCUCUGGCGUGCCCCCAUGGCAGCAUGCAGGGCCCUUGUGAGCACAAUGCCUGCCAUACGUGGAAACCUGCAUUGGAACAGCUGACAAUGGAAUUUCAGGUACAAUAAGUCAUGUUACAACUAACCUACACAACCCAGACUAUCGCUUUAGUGAAAAGUUUGCCUCUUACUUUGGUAUCUUUUCCUUUAACAUCUGUAACAUUAGAUAUACUGGACAGCGCUCAAAAAGAGCAUUAUUAAUAAAUACUCCAUAUUUGUUGUGGGUUCUGGAAGCCCUAUUUAAAUGACUUUUAUAUCACUGUUUGAUGCUCAGAAAGAAAACCUCCCUAGGCUUUGCUAGUUUUAUUUCUUCUUCUUUUUUUUUUAAUAUAUUAAGGAUUUUGCUAUUUCUGUAAUAAAAAUGCUCUUUCCCCAGAGAGAAAGCUGUGGUGACUGUGUUUUUCCAGUGCAGGCAGGCUGCAGGUGGAGCAGUUUAGUGGUGCCCUUGCUUCAAGGCUGUGUGAGCCGCAGCUCUCCCCACUGCAACUCUCCCUGGGGCCGAGCUCUCUGCAGUGCAGCGCAGCACAGGCAGCAGUUCUGCAGGCUCAGCCUUCUGGAGGUUGGAGCAAAUAGGAGCUGUUGUGAAUCCAACGGCCCCCCUGACACCCCUCUGCUAGAAGAAGCAGUUAGCACCUCUGAAUUUAACAAAGGACUGGAGUACAAACAGUCGUUUUGCACAAACAUUAGCACUACCAAAUGAAAGUAUGUGAAAUAAUAACAUGUUUUAAUUAAUCGGGUUUGGAUGCCACCAUUUUAUAUGUAGUCCUUCCCAGGAACCAAAAGAGAGUACUGCUUAAACAAAGGGCCCAGCCCCUCCUGUUCUGGGUCAUGCAGAAGAUGUUACACAUUGAGCCCCAGCCCACAGGGCUGUGGCUUUCCCCCACAACUGUCUGCCACCACAUUCCAUGUAAAGAGGAAAUUUGUAAUUUUAUAAAUGUAUUUUUAUACUGCUUUUUUCUAUGUGUGUGCAUCAAAUAGGCAAGCAUAUUCCUCCUUGAAACCUUUUCAUGUGUUGCCAUAACAGCAGUGACCACAACCAUGCUAUGUCCCUUACAAGCAUAGCCUCACUGCGAGGUGAUGCUGUUGGUUUCACUUCUACCAUGGCUGUGCAGCCAAAUGGAAGCAAUGUCAUACAGACAGCAGAUGUGCUUCUUUCUCACUGUACUAAUAAAAAUUUACAAUAAC